UGCUGCUGGCUGUGGGUCUCUGGGAUCUCCGUGCUUGCAGUGUGCCUGGGGGCCGGUGUCCCGUUGGUCCUGGCGUCUCCGGUGAUUGGCACUGGCUCCGACGUGAAGGCAGUGCAAAACCCCCGCGCCGGUGCAAUGGGCGGGGAGCUGGAGAGGGGAGGGAAGGGGUCACACACAUGGCCUGGAAGCAGAGGGGUGUAGGUGGGGUGAAACUUAAGGGAGCGACAAUUUGCUGCUGCCUGCCCGCUGAGUUAAAAAGUUCUCAUGCAAGACUCACGAUACACUGUGUAUCGUGAGUCUACCGUGGGAACUUUAACUCAGCGGGCAGGCAGCAGCAGAUUGGCAAUUAUUAACCCUCCCGCGCAAUAUACCCUCACCUUCUCUUUUAUGAAUGGGGAUUUAGUUCCCCUUUCUUCGAGGACCGACCGGAGGUUCCGCUGUCACCUCUGCGGGCCGCCCUCGGUGAACGUUUUCAAGGACCUUUCUUCAAGGACUGAAAAAAUGUCGCUAUUCGGAGGUUUUCGUUAUUUGGAACUUCGGAUAAAAGGUUGUGCACCUGUACUUGCAUGUAGAUUUUGACAGUGUACAAGUGGAUUUUUAUAUUACAUAGAAUGUUUUAAAAUGUACUUCUUUGACUGUAUAAGUUUCUCGACCAGUCUAUUCCCACCUCAGAUGCUGCCUGACCCAUUGAGUUCCUCCAGUACUUGGUGUGUUGCUCAUUCCUCCUUAUAGUGUUGAAUUCUAUUCAAUGACAAUGAUGGCAUCGAUGAGUUAACCAGCCAUGGGUUAUUGAACUGACCUUGUGUGGUUUCACAAGCAGGAGAGCAUCUGUUCCUUCACAAUUCUGUAUUUCUAUGUAAUCCAGGGAUUACUGCAUCGUGUCAUACAGCGUGGAAAGAGGCCAUUCUGCCCAACUUGCCCAUGCCGACCAACAUGCCUCUAAACUAGUCCCACAUGCCUGCUUUUGGCCCUCUAAACUUACCUAUCCAUGUACCUGUCUAAAUGCCUCAUUGAGAUAGUGCCUGCCUCAACUACCUUCUCUGGCACUUUGUCCCAUACACCCACCACCCUUUGUGUAAAAAAGUCAUCCCUCAGGUCCUCCUCACCUUAACCCUAUGUCUACUGAUUCUCGAUUCCCUUACACUGGGCAAAAGACUACCUUUACCCGAUCUAUUCCUCUCAUGAUUUGGGACACCUCUGUAAGAUCACCCCUCAUAAUCUAACUCUCCAGGGAAUAAAGUCCUAGCUCUCUCAACCUCCCCCUAGAGCUCAGUCCCACGAGUCCUGUGUACUGUUGAAACUUCUGAAGAUACUGUCCACAGGAAAAUUAGAUGAACAUGCAGAAAAAUGAAAUAAACAACAAAACAAAAUAUAAACAUCUCAAUUCUGGGCCUCUGCUAAUCAUCAGACAAAAGUAGCUCAGGACAUGAGAACAAAGAGUCAAUGAAGAAAUAAGGCAGCACAGUGGUGCAGCAGGUAGAGCUGCUGCCUCACAGAGCCAGAGAUUUGGGUUCCACCCUAACGUCGGUUGCUGUCUGUGUGGAGUUUGCACGCUCUCCCUGUGACCACAGGGGUUUCCUCUAGUUGCUCCAGACAUAUCCCACAUCCCAAAGAAGGUGUGGGUUUGUAGGUUAAUUGGCCUCUGUAAAAGAAAUUGCCCUUAAUGUGUAGGGAGAGGAUGAGAAAGUGGGCUAACUAGUGUGACGGUGAUUGAUGGUCGGUGUUGAUUGGGUCGGUCACAGGGCCUGUUUCCAUGCUCUAUCUAUAAACUCUAAACUAAACUAAUGGGAAUUGAUGAGGUCACUUGAUGAGGUCACGGGGGUCACAAGGGGCCCAUUGAUGAGGUCAGGGGUCAGUUGAUGUGACAGUUACGUCCCUGCUCCAGCCCACAGUCACCUGGACGAACCAUCAGUGAAGAUGUGGAACGAAAAUGUAUUGCUUUUCAUUCUGGGCAUGCUGUUUCUAAUAGGCGGCUUGCCCAACUUCCUAAACCAGGACGACUGGGCUAACUGCUCGGGCAAAGCCCCCUGCUCCCUGGCCUUCCUAUCGAACAAUCCGCUCAGCCUGCAUUGCCCGAGUGCCACAGAAGUACCAGAAGGCUCCGUGUACUGGCAGUACCAGGACCUCAGCCAGCCUCAAGCCCAACCCAGCACCUUCAUCAGAUCCGGGGACUUGACGGUGUACCAAGGGCCGAUGGGCGAUCUGGGAAGCCGAGCCAAUCUACAUCGAGGCUCCUUGAUCAUGGACACGGCAAAGACCUCAGACACGGGCCUGUACCUCUGCAAGUCGGCUAAUUCCACCCUAGCCGCCUACCAGGUGGAUGUGCAGGACUCGUCUCUGGUUUACGUGUCCCACCAAGGGCUGGGGGAGAGCAUUCUGUCAAACCGGAGCCUGAUGGUCAACUUGGGCUCUUCCCAGCACAUGGUCAAGCUCUACACCCGCUGGGGACCAUGGCAGGAUUGUAACCGGUGUAACGUAAUAGGGGAGCAGAAGGUGAUGGGCUUCUGUUACGCCAAACUUAGCGACAUCGACAAGGACGAGGACGAGGCACUGGAGGUGAAUGGCGUCACCUUGCCCUGCGGCUUAAUGGAGCUGUUCAUUGGGCAGUCCUUGCCCCGGCUCCACUACCAAUGGUGCCGCCAGCCGUGCAAGAAGGAGGAACAAUCAUUGGAGAUCGCAACCAAUCUUCUGUUGUUGGAGAUUGGCGAAUGGUGGCGGUGGUGGUGUGGUCGGGAGCCUGUGUUUGACUGGAUGGAGCCUCGCACAACUCAUCUGCAGUCGAUGUACCACGGCAUCCGUGACAACGCCUGGAUGACAUGCCCGGGGGCGUCGGUGUACACGUCCGUUCUAUGGCAGCGCGACUCCACCUUUAUCACCCAAGGUGGCAACAGUGACGGGAGACAGCGGCUGGUCGACGCCAUGGGCGGCAUGUAUGAAAUCAAAAGUGUGAUGCCCUCCGACCGCGGCAUCUACCGCUGCUGGGUGCAUGGGCGUAGGGUUGCCUCCUUCCACCUCGAGACGCCCGAGAAGCCAGUGGUACACCGCCCCGUCAACCGGCGACUGCUGAAAGGCGUAACAAUCAUCGUCGGCACGAUCGCCAUGGUCUUUGUAAUCAGUGCCAUGGUUGAAAUACUACACGCCUAGAUCUUCGACUUCAACUGCCUCCUCAAGACCACAUAAAGACCACGAGACAUAGGGGCAGAAUUAGGCCCAUUUCCGCCAUUCUAUCGCGGCUGAUUCAAAUUCUUCUGCCUUCUCCCCGGAAUCUUUUACCAUUAAUAAUUACAUAUCCAUAUCCCAAGGACUUGGCCUCUAAUGCCCCAGGCCAUGGAUGACACAGCUGGGCUGCAGCAGCAGGGGCAAAUGUGCAACUGGGCUGCGUUGGCUCCAGUGGAGCUGCAGUGUGAAUAACAUUGGUGCACGUGGGCUGCUUUAGGGAAAACAAUCUGCUGCAUGAUAGAGUGCCAACUGCAUUGCUGCUGUGCCAGUGACCAUGCUGCAUUGGAGCACAUUGGGAGCAAUGCCACCACCUCCAGCGAGACUGGGACAUGCAUUGGAAGAAUGGAACUGAAAGAACUGCAGUGGCUGGUAAGAUCGAAGGUAGACACAAAAUGCAGCAUCUUUGGAGAGGGGUCGAGAACCUUCUGAUGUCAGGGGAGCGGAUAGGUCAUAAGGUCAUAAGUACUCAGAGCAGAAUUAGGCCAUUCGGCCCAUCAAGUCUACUCCACCAUUCAAUCAUGGCUGAUCUAUCUCUCCCUCCUAACCCCAUUCUCCUGCCUUCUCCCCAUAACCCCUGAUACCCACACUAAUCAAGAAUCGAUCUAUCUCUGCCUUAAAAAUAUCCACUGACUUGGUCUCCACAACCCUCUGUGGCAAAGAAUUCCACAGAUUCACCACCCCCUGGCUAAAGAAAUUUCUCCUCAUCUCCUUCUUAAAAGAACGUCCUUUAAUUCUGAGGCUGUGGGUAGGACAAAGAAGAGAGUGGAACUAGUGGCAGAACUGAGAAGGUGUGAGGGGUGAGGGGUGAAAUGAAGAGAGAGAGCAAGGGCUAUCUGAAGUUAGAGAAGUCAAUGUUCAUACUGCUGGGGUGUAAACUACCCAAGUGAAAUACGGUGCAUUCAGAAAAUAUUCAGACCCCUUCACCUUUUCCACAUUUUGUUACGUUACACACACACACACACACACACACACACACACACACACACACACACACACACACACACACACACACACACACACACACACACACACACACACACACUCCCACACAUAAACACACACUCACACCAACACACACACACACAGACACACUCUCACACACACCAAAACACACACUCACACCAAAACACGCACGCACACACACACACACACACACACC